CGCCAUACCAGUCGGUUAUAACAGUGUCUAAGGAGAUGUUUGUGUCUUUUAAGUCUGGAUAGAAUGUACCAAGGCUGAAAUACAAGCCGAAAUGAAUCAUUCGAAGUAUAGAAAACAGCAUCUGUUACAGAAAUUGUACAAUAGAGAGGUUUAUGGACAUUUCGUACGCGGUGUUCCUCUUAAUUAUGAGCCUGCAAAACAAUUAUUUAAUGCCAUACCUCGUAGACUUAUUUUCAAGCUUGCAGAUACAAUACCCAACCUUGAUAAUCAUAUUUUAAUGGGAGUGACUAGAUGUGGACAAUUGCUUCUCACAUACACUUACAGUUGUGACACUUCUUCUGACUAUUCACCCAACAUGGUUUACAGGUAUAGACUUCAUUUCUGGGAAUUUAUUCCUGGACGACCUGCUGGUAAAAUAGCAGAAGUUCAAUUAUUUGAUAGCUGUACAGUCACCGAAAUAUUAACUAUUGGAAUAUGCCAGUGGGCCAAUAAUAAUGAUCGUCUCCUUGUUUAUGGUUUUUGUCAUGGUCCUGACAAUACUGAUGGUUGGGGAACAGAAUGUGAAUAUAAAUCUACAACAUACAUCACAGUAACAACAGUUCCUACACUUAAUGGUUGUCUUGAUUGUAUAUCUGUUGCUGCUUCCUUUGAUGAAGAAGAAAUGGCAGCAAACUGGGACUCAUGUGUUGGUCUAACUUGUCUCAAACAUGGUCUCACUCUCCAUACUCACUUUUCCGUCCCUCAUGUGAAUACAUUUGAUCCUCAUACAUGUAUGGCCUCCGACUCUGAAAUUCUUGUCAAUACCGGCGCCUUUCUUCAUGUUAUAUCCCUUAGGCUAGAUCAGGACACACCAGAAGUCUCCAAACAUCCAGAAGAAAAUAUAAUAUCCUUACCAAUUGUAAAUAGGAUGAGCUAUAGUUUCUUAAGAAGUGAAGGUUAUUCUAUAUUUCUUAGUGAGAAUUGGUCUAGUAGAAUGACGAAUUUAUUGAUUGAAAAAAUUAAAAAGGGUUAUAAAUAUGAAAUGGCAGACUUACCAUUAUGUCUUAAACUUGCUCUGGAAAGGCAUCUACAAAUUAACAGUCCGGCCUGUAAUCUUCUCAGGGAAGUUAAGACAGAUCUUGUUUAUUCUGAGUUAACUAGACCAAAACAAAAAUGGUUUACAUCUGACAAAGCAAAUAGAAUAAGCUCGCGUAAAAGGCAAUCUAAACGACAAGAUGAACCUGACAAAGUUUAUGACUUCAAAGAGAGUGAAGAAAAUCAAUGUGAGCCUAAAUUUAAGUUAUUUAGAAGGCGUUGUUUAGCAGAUAAGAUGUAUGAGUUUAGAGGUGAUGAAGAACAUAAUGUAGAAAACAUCAGACCUCAAGAUACCAGAGACAAAGAAAAGAGAAAAUUUGGUAUGAAACUUGGAGAUAUUAGUAAGACUGAAAUUGCGGAGCAACUCAAAUCGCCAGAAAGAACUAAACCAAUUGAUAAUAUUGUUGGAGCAAUAAUAGCAGAUUGGGACAGUGAUACUGAGAAUGUAGUUGGUGGGUUCCUGACUAAUGUUGAGGCCAGGUGCCAGGCAUUAAGGCCUCACAACUCACCUGCUACGCAAGUCUUCUCUUCUGUCAAACCUCAACCCUUUAUACUCUCAGAUGAAAUGAGAGAAGAGAUCAAUUCUGGGUUUGGUCAUCAACGAGUGACUGGUUGUUCUGUUAAAUUUACUCGUAGGUUCAUUGAAAUUGAUCAAGAAAUCACUUCAACAAUUACUGAUAUUGAAGAUGAUGAAUUGGGUUCAGGUUUUCACUGUGCUCUUCCCCUCUCUGUGCAUGGUUCAGCCUAUGCACAGUUGGAAAUGAUUUCAAACCAGAAGGCUGAGAAAUUGGUCCAACAGGGUGUCAAGUGUGCUGUGGUCGAUCAAAGUAGUUUAGAUAUAGAACAAUUUUGUUUUAAAGCUGCAGAAGCUAUUUGUAAGAUGGAAGGAUAUAAGUUUUGGUUUUGUAGCGACUACGAUACUGAUAUAAUUUGGAUGUGCCCUUAUACUAGUGAUGUCGUUGGAGUAUUAUUUAUUCGAAUGAAUGCAGAGGAAUGUAAUAGAAAUUCCAGUAAUGAUGAAAAAGAACGCCUUGAUGUAAGGGAAUUCUACGAAGCUAGUUGCUUGUAUGUUUGGUCUCCCCACAGUGGUGAAGUGCAUCUUGAGGGUUAUCGGUGGGGAAGCUGGGGUCCCGCAGCAAUGGCUGCAUCCCAGCUUCGGAGAGCUUUUCAGCCUCCAUCAUCUGUCAGAGCUGUGAUCCAUAGAGUAGAAGAAGGCAUACCAGUUCUUCCCCUGAAUCUAAUACUAGAUCAUGAUAAUCUAAUUGGAUUCAGGCGUCUCCCGUAACCUGUGUUCUCUUCAGCUACGCAUCCAAGUUUUUAAAAUAUGUUUAUAAACAAAAAAAAAAUUAAUCAAAUGAACGCUACAGUUCCUACAUCACCUUGCCCCUUUUUCCCUUCCAUUAUGUGCACUCAUUUAACUGAUUAGAGCAUGUGUAAAUAGCCCUAUUGGUAGGCUUUUUGUAACUCAGGUCUGUUAGAAAAAAAUUGAUAAAACAAACAAGAACUAGUUUUCCUAUGUUACAAUUUUUUAUACAGAUGUAUUACUUGAUUUAGAUUUGUUAGUUUUAUUUAGUAUGCUAUUAGCUAAGUUUUGUCUAGUUGUGACUUUAUGACUGAAGGUCUCUUGACAUAUAUUUAGAAAUACCCCCCUCUUUUUUUUUAUUGUAUUAUUUUUAACUUACUUUUGAAUAAUUAUCGCCAAUUUCUUUGUGAUUUUAAAAAAAAAAUAUUUAUUAAAAUGAUGCAUAAAAUUUAUGAAAUUAUUAUUAGGAUUUAGUAAAAGCGUUAAGUCUUCUAUUCUAAGAUUUAUUUUUUAAGAGUUGUUCGUUUAAUAUAGUUUGUCUAUAAGAAUUUUUUUUUUAAUACUGCCAACUAUGGCUUAUUAAAUUCCGGAUGAAUAAGUUGAGCGGAAUUGAUCAGAGAGUUAAAUAUGUUUUAAUUUGGUAACAAAAUAUUCAGACUAAGUGGUGGGGGUUUACAAAAAAAAUUCUCGUACAGAUCUUUUUUGUUUUAUUUUUAUAUUAAUUUACAAAAUAUAUUCUUAAAUUUUUUGUUUUCUAUAUUGGGUGUAAUUGUUCUUUUCUUCACUAAAUCCAUUCGGUUUGACAGUUAAAAGAUUUCUAUUUAUAUUAAACUUUUUCUAAUAUUACUUUAGAUUGUUUUUACUAAAUUAAUCUUAAACUUUGAUUAGCAAUAUUCAAAGCUUAGAAGUGGUUUUUAUUUUCAGUUUAAACACUUCUAAUUUUUAUUUGUCUUUCAUUGAACACUGUAUUGUUUUUAUUUUUAUCAAAGGCUAAUUAUAAAAGAAGACUUAGUAGAAAUUUAGGUCUAGUUACAAUUUUUUUUUUAUUUUGCAACAAUCCUUAAAACAAAUCCACCAUUGACGUAAUGGUUUUUCAUUUUAUCUCUAUUAGGAUAUAAUGAAAAUGAUUUCAACAGUAUGCUGUUUGUUGCAGUUCUAAAUAAAAUUAAGACUUAAGUAAGAUAAUUUUAAAAUAUGUCUGUGAUUUCACAAUAAGUAUAGGUUUUUAUUUCUUUGAAACUGUUACUGUCAUUUAAUUUCUGUAUGUUUUUAUUUUAUUGUACUUUAAAUUCUUUGUAUUUAUUGUUUUUAACACUUUUGGUAAAAAACAAUUGCCUCUUUAAUUUUGGCUGUAGCAUUAGCUUGUUCAUUCUGCCCUUAUGAAAUUAAUUUAUUAAUUAUUGUAAUUGUUUUUAAGAUGUUGAAAGUGGUCACCUUUUACCAUGUUCUGGUUUCGAUACAGCUUAAUAUAUUCAAUUUAUUUUAUGAUCAAUAAUGAAGGGUAUUUAAAACAAAUAAGUAAUAAGAAAUACAUCAAUCAGUAACAAGGUAAAGAAAAGUUAUUAUCUCUGUAUAAAGUUAUUAUGGUGUAUAUUUGAUAUGAUAUGAAAUUGACGUUAUAAGGUUUUGCAUAAUAUAUUCCUCAUGGAUUCUUCGUUUUUCAUAGUAUUCGUUUCAAAUACCGUUCAAAGUAGUAUUUUUCAUAAAUUUGGGCAUCUCUUUAUUUAUCUUGAUUACUCAUCCCAUUAAGUAUGAGUAGAGUUUAUAGUUAGACCAAUUGAAGUCCACUUUAACAUCAGAUUGUUUGUUUCUGUUGCCUCCCUUGUCAUAUUACUAAAUUCUUGUUUUUUGGAGUACAUGUAUACUUAUUUUUCAAAUGUUGCUUAUAAUUUAGAUUUCAAAUAAUGAAAAUAAACUAAGAACAAAGUAGGCCUUUUUCUCCUAAAUUAUCUGUUAGCAUUAUUGAAUUGAUUUAACAUUUAUUUAUUGAAAAAUAGUCUUUUGAUUUCAUGUGUUGGCAGAAUUAACAGGUUUAAUCGGACUUUGUAGUUAACCUAUCAGCAAUAAUUAAAAAAAAAAAAUUGUUCUCGAUACGUAUUGAACGUACAAUGAAAUAUUAAACAUGAUCAAUGCUUUAUUAAUUAAUAUAUGUAUUAUAUACAAUGUAUAUUUUAUUAGGUUUUAAAACUAAUAUGUGCUGUUAAUGAACUGAAGUUAGAUUGAUAUUAAGUAAUAUUUAUUUAUUAUUUUGAUUAUUAUUACUUUUUUUUUUAGAACAAAGGAAAAUUUGUUUUUUGUUUUAUAAGGUUGUGAAUAAUUGUCAUAUGAAUCAGAAAAGGAUUAUAUAUUUUUCUUUCUUUCUUUUUUUUUUUUUUUUUGUUGUCACUCCUAAAGUUUAUAUUAAAGUUGUUCUUUCAUUUACUUGAUUUUAUAUUCACUUAAAAUACUGGAUUAAUUAUGUUAAUAUGUUAAACCUUCCCCAGAGAUUAGCAUUUCGUUUAUUAUUUUUAAGCUAUCCAUUGUUGAUGGGGAUUAUUUGGUUAUCUAGAAUUCAUUUGCAGACAUGUUAUUCUGAAUCAUAAUAUACAGUUUAUUAAAAAUAAUGGCCUAAAACUAAAAACUAUUUUUUAUAUUCAUUGAAAUAUUAAAUUAUUUUCACUAUGAAGCCAAACAUUUUAAAUAAAUAAUAGUUUUUAGUAAAAUAAUCAUGGGGCGAAAUGCAUUAUAUUAAAAAUUCUAUUUUCCCAUAUAUGCACGAUAUUGAAGCAUUACUACUUGCAGAUUCUGACUUCGUUGACAUAAUUUCAUUUUUUAAUAUGAUACUAAUUUUUAAUAAAAAAUAUAGUUAAAUAGAUACAAUGGUCCUUGUUAGUUGAACUUUUAUAUUUAUUGUCCAUUCAGUCAAAGGUUUAAAUAAAUGCAUUCUGAUAUGCAAAUAAAUCUAUCUUGAUUUAUUUACACAGUAUCUAAUGGACAGGAAAAAUGAGAAAACUAUUUUGACCGGUCAUAUUUUAUUUUCAAGAAUUACUUAUGAAAUUAAUGAAACUCCAAAAUAAUUUUACUAAGUUAAAAUACUAUUCCGAAGAAAAAUAGGUGAUUUGAACUUGUUAUUGAUGGUUAAUCAUUUUUGUACUACUUGUUUACCAAUUGUAUGGCUGCAAUAUUGUCUGUGAUUCCAAUUGUGAAACUAGUCAAUCAGAAUAUUCAAAGCAUGUAUGUGAAUGAACUCUGGAUCAUAAUAAAAUUACUUUAUUAAAAUAUAAAGAUGAUUAACAGAUCUAUCUUUCUUCGGUUUCAAAACUAUUAUUCCAUUUUUGGUGAGUUUAUUAAUUUUUAAAUUUAUGCUUUCUAUAUCUUCAGAUCUAUUUUAAAUGAUUUUUUUUUAAAUCAUUACUUUAUAUUUGAUGAAUUACAAAAAAAAAAAAAAAAAUACUCAUUCGAUCAUUAAUGUUUAUUGAUUUUCAGACAACUCUUAUCAACAUAAAUACUACAUGAUGUUAAAUAAAAACUAUCUUUAGUUUAAAAUAUAGUUGUCCCUUUUAUAAAUGAAACUAUUGUUAUUAUUGUGCUCAAAUAUUAAUGAAUGUGAUUACUAAAAAUAGUUUUAUUAUGUUAUUUCUUAAUAAUAACUAUAGGCCAGAGCUAGUCUGUUUCCUGAUGAAAAUAAAUUUUUAUGUCAAAUCUUUGAUACUAUAUUUUCACUUAUUCCAAGCAAUAAUUACCCUGAUGAUUAAUUCUGAAUCUUAAUGCUGUUCUUCAUUAAUAGUGAUGAGAUAAAAUUAGAAUCUCAACCAUUAGUUUGAUUUAAACUGUGGACCUUUCGGUUGUUUUAUAAAUAAAAAUAAUUUUUCUGAAAACAAUUUUUUUUUUAUUUGUUUGUUUUUAGAAAAAAAAAAUUAAAAUUAUCAUCUAAUUGUUUUGGUAUAACAUGUCAAUGACAGAACACUAUAGAAGAGAUUCGAUGAGGUGGUAAAUACUUAAGAUGCAGAUUUCUGUUUAUGAAAAUACUUCACUUACGCAUAUUUUUCUGAACAAAAAAAUUAUAUUGAUUUAAGCAUUCUCAAAACAACUUCUAUAAGGCCGAUUAAAAAACAAAAUAUAUUCCUUUAGAAUUAAAAUGGUAUCGAAGGCAAUUGUCACUGACUUUCAGAAGUAUCAUCCACACUAAGAGUGUUAAGUGUUAAGGUCCUUUGGUUUCAAAGGUUACUGUUAGCUUCAUACUGAGUCCACUUUCCAGUUCAUUCUACCACUCUUCACAUGUUUCCCAAUAAUAGCUCGCACUAUCUUAAGUUUUACCAAAUAAACUUUGAAGGCAUUUUUUAAAUUCUCAUUUAUAGUUAAGCAACACAAUUUUUCAAUUUUAGUUUUUUUAAAGUAAUUUAAAAAGGAAUUAUCAUUACUUGUUAAAAUUGUUUUGUGAUUAACAAAGAUUUGUAUUUUCUGUAAAUCUAUCCAUUCUUGAUUAGUUUUCCAUUUCACUUUUGUUAUCAUAAGUAAAUUUUGACAUGCUAACAAUAUUCUGAGAUAAAAGAAAUGAUCUGAAUAUUAGUCAUGGUUCAUUGUGUUUAAUUAUUUAAAUGUCUUACUUCUAAUAAAUCUGGGAUUUAUUGCAUAUGUAAUUUAUAGAUGAGGUAUGUAAAAAAAAAGCCCAUUUAUUUUCAAUGAUGAAUUUUACUUAAAAGUCAUUGGAAUUCCAUAUCCUCUAUUUC